ACGUGCCAUUGGUGCAAAAGUACGUAAUAACAGUGAAUACACAAUAAAUUCCGCCUAAAUGGGAGAAGAAAUAUCACGGCUAUCGGGUGUUGCAAUUUGUAGACGUUGAAUGAAGAAUUUGUGGAACAUUCGAUCGGUCCAAGGGUAGUAUUCUUGUAUUUGAGUGGUCACGUGACAGUCGCCCGCAUGUCCCUUCAUAUCAAAGAUGGCCACGACUAAAGGUCUUGCGGUAAUUCUUCGGCCAAAAAGUAUCUCUUUAAUCGGUUGUAAUAAGUUGAAUAAUCUAGCAUCGGUCACCCUACAACAAUGCAACACCUGUCGGCGUCUUUUCUCGGGCUCGGCGCUUGGUGUCGAGUUGUGGAGUCAUCGGAAAUACGAAAAACAUAUACAAGCGAAAUCGGCGCCUCUUCCGCGCCGCGGUAUUCACACCACCUACAAGCUUUUGGCGAGGCGUAAUUACUACGAGAUACUAGGUGUGCCGAAAAACGCCUCUCAGAAGGAUAUCAAAAAGGCGUACUAUGAGCUUGCCAAAAAGUAUCAUCCCGAUACAAACAAGGGGGAUCCCAAUGCUGGAAAAAAAUUUCAGGAGGUAUCCGAAGCCUAUGAAGUGCUCAGUGAUGAGGGUAAAAGAAAGGAGUUCGAUACCUGGGGUGCCACUUCCGAACAGAUGGGCAUGGGUGGUGGUGGACAGCGCCAAGGAGCUCAGGACUUUGGCCAAAACUGGCAAUUCAGAUCGACCGUCAAUCCCGAAGAAUUAUUCAGAAAAAUAUUUGGCGAGGCUGGGUUUCAGACCGGAGGAUUCACCGAGUAUGAGGACUUUGCUGAGAGUAACUUCGGUUUUGGAGCAUCGCAAGAGGUCAUCAUGAACUUGACAUUUUCCCAAGCCGCUCGUGGUGUUAACAAAGAUGUAAACAUAAACGUUGUGGACACAUGUCCCAAAUGUUCCGGAAGUCGUUGCGAGCUAGGUACAAAGGCGGUACGCUGUCAACACUGCAAUGGAACUGGUAUGGAGACAAUAAGUACUGGUCCAUUCGUGAUGAGAUCAACUUGUCGCUUCUGCCAGGGAUCCAGAAUGUAUAUCAAGUAUCCAUGCGGUGAAUGCGAAGGGAAAGGUCAAACGGUGCAACGUAAAAAAGUGACAGUCCCCGUUCCAGCUGGCGUUGAAGAUGGUCAAACAGUGAGAAUGGCAGUGGGCAACAAAGAAGUAUUUAUAACAUUCCGGGUCGAGAAGUCAAAGUAUUUCCGUCGCGAGGGUCCAGACGUCCAUACAAGUGCCGAAAUAUCAUUGGCUCAGGCAGUUCUUGGUGGUACAAUAAGAGUUGAAGGUGUAUAUGAGGAUCAGACGAUACAAAUACGCCCCGGUACUUCUUCGCACACAAGAAUACGCCUAACCGGGAAAGGUUUAAAGAAAGUUAACAGUAUGGGAUACGGCGAUCACUAUAUUGAAAUAAAAAUAUCCGUUCCGUCGAAUCUGAAUCAGAAACAAAAGGCACUGCUUCAGGCUUAUGCAGAGUUGGAAGCUGGUACACCUGGCACCAUACACGGAAUCACGUUCAAAAAGGAUGGUUCGAAGCAGUGCACCACCGGUCCCCUAGAUUUAAUGGAGAGCAUCCGCAUGGCAUUAGGUGAUCGACCGGUCAACGAUAAAAUAGUUUCAUCUGCAGCGGAUGGACCUGGAGAUAAGCCUCAAGUUACGGGGUCGAGUCGAACAGAAGAGGCAGAAACCAAAACUAAUUCCAAAUACGAGGAGGACAACGUUCCAAAUGACAAAGACAAGGAGGACUGCAACAGCGACGUGCAAGCGAGAAGACACAAACUGCCGUGAGCUAACGUAAAAUGUUUGUUAGAAAAAGCAGAACUAGAGAGAAAAGAAAACAGAAGAAAAGAAACAACACCGCGGAUUGUAUUCUCUCUGAAGUUCUGGUAAUGUAGUUGUUAGAAAAUAAAUUUGUUACAUUUCUUUGUAUAUAUUCUGAUAACGAUAUCGCUUCUUCUUCUUCUGUAACUGGGAAAUAUUUUGUGAAGAUUUAUUUAUCGUUGGUGUUGAAAGCAUGACGAUCAAACAACCGAAUCACAGUGACAAUAGUGGCAAAGACAAAAAAAAGGAACUUUUGUCAACCACAAUUGCUUGAUUACAGUUUCGUUGUUAUAAUAUUUUUUUUCCCUCACAAUUAGUUUGAAAUAAUGGUAUUUGAAAACAUUGCCUUUUAUCAUACUACGCAUUCUUCCGGUUUACGAAUGCUUUGAAUUUUAUACACGUGUAUAUCAACAUGUAAUAGAUCACGUAUACACAGACAAACGCGCAUAACAGGGAAAAAUAAUUAAUGAAUUCUCGAGAUCUUUAAAUUAAUCAUACAGCUUAUUCUUGUCGAAGAAACAAUUAAUAAUUCGAAGUAUCUCAUAACUGCGGUGUAAAGAAAAACCGUAUUGUAUAGUAAUUGAAAAGAAUAAAAGAAACGAAAUAGCGGUAGUUUAUUGACGUAUCCAUCGCUAGUCGAAUGAUAAUGAUACAUAAUAAAUUCAUGAAGUUACCUCACAAAUUGCGAAUUGUUUAUCUUGGGUUGAGUUAAUUUUUGUACCCUUCCCAACAUUUUCAAUUUAGAGGUACAGUAAUGUUCAUUAAUACCAUGAACUUUCAGCUAACUUGCUUUCGACCUGAAACAAAAUAUGAGCUCGAUUCUGUACGAAUUAUGUGACAAUUACUGGCAAUGCAGCCGAUGUGAGAGAUUGGGAGUUACUGUUACAUAAUUCGUAUAGAAUUGAGUUCUCAUUUUGUUUCAUACCGAAAACAAGUUAGCUGGAUUCCCAAGCCUUUAAUAAACAUUACUGUACGCGACGAGAAGAAAUAAAUAAAUGAAAAACAACAGCCAGUCAACGGUGAUAAAUAAUUUUAUUAUUCAUUUCUUGCAUGUAAAGUACGUAAUUAACGUAUAAUAAUUGUACAAUAGGUAUUUCUUUUUCUCUAUGUUUUUUUAUCGUCUGUUUCGCAUACUAUCAACAUUCACGGUAGAAUAUAUGUACGGAAAUAUACACGUACGUAUGCAUAUCAAUUAUAUUUAAUAAUAGUUAUAUAAAAAGCACUCAGGUAAGUUUAUUAUGUUAUAAUAUAAAAUAUCUAUGUAUCACACUUGUGUGGGGAAGAGAGGAGUAGCGAUCAUUGAUACAACAUCGACUAAUCUAUUAUACAUCUAGGUCCACCUACCAUACACAUGUUAUAUGGCGUAGAAAAAUUUAUGUGCGGUAAUGAAACUUAAAAGGAAAA